UUCAAUGUGCUGAAGCCUGAGACCAUGCGUCAUCAGGUUGAAGAUUGAGAGCAGUACCAACCAAGUGAGUUAGCCCCUUUUGUAAUACUCCAAAGAAUAAAAAUAGUUGCAAAACUAAAGACCAAUUUCUUGAUUUAUUUUGUGGUUUCAAGCAGUUCUUCUUCUUCCUUCCCUUGAAAUGAUUAGCUCACUGUUCAGAGCAAGAAAACCCAUAACCCAAAUCGCCAGAAUAGUUCCCAUAAACCCACAAGUUUCACAGAAACUCACUCCAAUCCCACCAUCAAUCCAAUCUCACCAAAACCCAUGUGCCCAACUGCCCCAUAGCCAAAACCCUUCAAGGGUUUUACAUAAUUGUUCAUUUUCAACCCAGUCCUCCAAGUUUCCAGAGUAUGAGAUGCCCUCUGUCACUUGGGGUGUGGUCCAAGGCCGCAAAGAGAAGCUUGUCUCAAGGGUUAUAAUAUGUGAUUAUUUAAAGAGCUUGGGCAUAGUUCCUGAUGAGUUAGAAAGCUUAGAGCUACCCUCUACUGUUGACGUCAUGAGGGAGAGAGUUGAGUUCCUUCAGAAGCUAGGAUUGUCCAGCGAUGACAUUAAUGAGUACCCCUUGAUGCUCGGAUGUAGUGUGAGAAAAAAUAUGAUACCUGUGUUGGCUUACUUGGAGAAAAUUGGGAUUCCAAGGUCGAAACUUGGUGAGUUUGUUAAAAAUUACCCGCAAGUAUUGCAUGCUAGUGUGGUUGUUGAGCUUGUGCCGGUUGUUAAGUUCCUUCGUGGGCUUGAUGUGGAGAAGCAGGAUAUUGGCUAUGUGUUGCAGAAGUAUCCUGAGCUUCUCGGGUAUAAACUUGAGGGGACAAUGAGUACUUCAGUGGCAUAUCUUGUUAGCAUUGGUGUUAAUCCUAGGGAUAUAGGUCCGAUGGUCACACAGUAUCCUUACUUUUUGGGAAUGAGAGUUGGGACUGUGAUUAAGCCAUUUGUUGAUCUUUUGGUUUCCUUAGGCUUGCCAAAAAAGAUUUUGGCUAGGAUGUUGGAGAAGCGGGCAUAUUUACUUGGUUAUGAUCUUGAGGAGACUGUUAAACCAAAUGUGGACUGUUUGAUUAGUUUUGGGAUCCGGAGGGAAGUGCUUGCUUCGGUUGUUGCUCAGUACCCCCAAAUUCUUGGGCUGCCUUUAAAGGCCAAAAUGUCCUCACAGCAGUAUUUCUUUAGUUUGAAGCAUAAGAUUGAUCCUGAAGGAUUUGCACGAGUGAUAGAGAAGAUGCCGCAGAUUGUCAGCCUUCAUCAACAUGUGAUAAUGAAGCCAGUUGAGUUCCUUCUUGGACGGGGAAUACCUUCUGAGGAUGUUGCCAAGAUGAUUGUAAAGUGUCCCCAGUUAAUUGCAUUGCGUGUUGAGCUCAUGAAGAAUAGCUUUUACUUCUUUAAGAGUGAAAUGGGUAGGCCACUGAAAGAGCUUGUGGAAUUUCCGGAAUACUUCACUUACAGCUUGGAAUCCAGGAUAAAACCUAGGUACCAGAGGUUGCAAAGCAAGGAGAUCAGGUGUUCUUUGAAAUGGUUCCUGAACUGUAGUGACCAGAGGUUUGAGGAGAGGUUGCAAGGGGAGUAUAUUGAAACAGAGACUCCAGGUCCAUUAUUUUGUAUGGGUGGAAAGUUAGAGCUGCCUGGAAAUGAAAUGGUGUCAGAUGAGGAAGAUGAGAGUGAUGACGAAGUACUUUACAGGCGCACUGUUUCACUGUAAUGAAUUUUGUUGACAUCAGUAAAACAAAUUUAUCUUAAAAUGUUAUUCACGCUCAUCUGUUUCUGUGUAUGUUGUUUAUGUUGAUUUUUUUUAUGUUAUACAUAGCUUGAUUUUCGAUUUUUUGGUCA